AUGAGAAGCCGCAUCGACAUUUCCAAGUUUCUCACCGCUGAAUGCGUAGCCCAGAGGUUUGUUUGUGCCGACAAGCGUGCAUCGAAGUCAAUGGAUCAUCAUGCGAUCCGGUACCAUAAAUUUCCCAUUGAGAUUGUAACGGCCCUCCGCGAGUUUACUAUUCCAGGUACAGGGUUGCAAUCCGGUAAUGACAGAAACCGCCUAUUCGAAACUGCAACCUUAUUGAAGUCAGAAAACCCCAGACCUAUUAUGAAGCGGCGUCUGAUAUUCAAGCCUUCUGUAUGCCAGGAAUACAGAGACGAGGCCUCGAAAUUCGAAUUGAAUUCUUCGUUCGAAGGACUUGCCAAUACAUCACAGUUUUCUCCCAACCCCAAAAUUUCGACACUGACGUUCGUCACUUCACAAAUUUUUGCCCAUGAUUGGAAGAAAAUUCACCCAUCACAUCCAGCACAAUUGCAAUCUUAA